UCAGCAUCCUGUCUGCUACUGGAAUCCGAGAAAGCUCUUGAAUAUUCCUUAUGAAUUAAUUUCAACUACUCAUUUGGUUUUCUCCUCCUGAAAAGAGAGCAGCUUCAUCUUCUUAGAAUAAAGGCAUGAUAAAAUCCAAACUUACAGUAAAUGAUGAUUAUUCCUAGUGGUUUGCUGCCAGUGUAUUUUGGAAGCCUAGCUUUUUGCUACAUCUUGGUGUUCACCUGUAUGCUGCUCCUUCAAUGGCGAAAACAAAUCCUUCAGAAGCGCCGUGCGAAAGUCUGGAUGAAACAGUUGAAAGCAGAGUCUUAUUUUCAACAGGCCUUGGCUCACAGGGCUGAUGAAGAAGCUCAGCCUAGAACAAAUGUAGCCAUCUGCAAUCCUAAUAACAUCCCAGAGCCACAAAGCACUUUCUUACCCAGUGAGAAUAUUGUGGAGACCGAUGACAGUUCUACCCCUCCACUUCCAGAUUCAGUUCCAUACAAACCGGUAUUUCAAGAAGUUGCAUGUGCUUGUGCACUCUCUCACAUGCCGCCGCUGCUUGCACACUCAGCUUCUUACCCUUGCUCUACCAUUCCAACAGAAAGUUCACCAUUCAGCUUACCUCUAAAACCAACCAUCUUGAAAAAUGAUCCAUACAGUAUAGGUAGCAGGAUUUCUGCUUAGCAGUCAAUGUCACGGAUGGGAAUAUUUUUAACUGGUUUCAGUUAGAACUCAAUUAAAGAUCAGUUUCAAACUAUUUCUGUUUUCAUCCAAGCACUAUUUUAAUACUGGGAAGACAAUUUGCCUUUGACAACUAGUGUAGAAAGAAAUCACUUUAGAAAUUACAUUGUUCACAAUCCUUUCAUAUAUCAUGAAACCGAAGUGUAUGCUUCUUUCUAAGAUUUCUAAAUCCCAAUUGCCCAAAGAGCUAAAUAUUACAUGGCCAUACUUCUAUUUUUAACCUUAGUAAUAAAUUACAUUUUAAUAUAUAUGAGCAAUAUAUAUAAAAAAAACAAAUGGUAUGGAAGUCUUUGGAGCAACUUUUUCUAGUGUUAAGAGGUAAUCUGGGAACAGCAACUGGUUUUGCAAAUCAGUUUAUCAUGUAUUACAGUACUCCCAUAGACUCAGUAGGAUUUUUUCAAGUGAACUGCAUUUUCAACAAUAGUAAGAAAAAGCUGAACGCUUCAGUUUUUCCUGUAAUAUAUUUUUUUAGAUGAAAUGCAUCUUGAAAUAAAAUAACCAUCACACCCAAAACAAACUUAUUUUAUUUAGAUUUGACAUUCACAAUGCAUAAUAGGUGCAAAAUGCCACACCUAAAUCCAGCUUUAAUUUACUCCAUAAGAGCUUUUGCACAUUUGUGAGGCCCAAUUUUAUAAAACAUUUCACUUAGUUUAAGUAGGACAAUGCAAAUCAAUUACUUUUAUACAAUGUAAAACCAGUGAACCUUCAGUGCAGUGGAUUCCAAUAUAAAUCCUAAAGAACAAGUUCCAUAGAUGAACACUAUGAUUCAUAGCAGAAAAUUGUUUUAACAUUUUAAAGAUCUGAUUAUUCAAAAGGACAUAAUGUUCACUUUGGAAAUAUAAAAUCAAGAAUCAUGUUUAAUAGCAUAAAGAGCAAUACCACUUUUAAGUAUAGCCAACACUCCCAUACAAGAGAAACAGGCUUAGAUCUUUCAAAACCCUUAAGAAUUUUCUCCUUUACAAUGUUAUGGUUCUCCAUACAAAUAAACUACCCUUUUCUGUAAAUUUUAAUUUUAUUAAUUUAUGUGAUUAUCUGAACAAAAAAAGAAUUCUGCAAUAAAGAGCAAUACCACUUUUAAGCCAACACUCCCAUACAAGAGAAACAGGCUUAGAUCUUUCAAAACCCUUAAGAAUUUUCUCCUUUACAAUGUUAUGGUUCUCCAUACAAAUAAACUACCCUUUUCUGUAAAUUUUAAUUUUAUUAAUUUAUGUGAUUAUCUGAACAAAAAAAGAAUUCUGCAAUAAAGAGCAAUACCACUUUUAAGCCAACACUCCCAUACAAGAGAAACAGGCUUAGAUCUUUCAAAACCCUUAAGAAUUUUCUCCUUUACAAUGUUAUGGUUCUCCAUACAAAUAAACUACCCUUUUCUUAAAUUUUAAUUUUAUUAAUUUAUGUGAUUAUCUGAACAAAAAAGGAAUUCUGCAAUCAAGUAUUUUUUAUUUUUUAAGUGCCACUAUAUUUUCUUGUGCAAUCACAAAAGAGACAAUACAUUCCAUUAUUACGUUACCCUGUCCCUAUUCUAUCUAUUCUGAAUGCCCCUAAUUUUAUCAGGGAAUUUUAUUAUUGUGAAAUACCUGAAUAACCUAUUUUUUAUAUAAUAUAUUCAUUGGAAACAUUGCUAUAAAUCCAACAUUCAUUUGAAGCCUUCUGUUACUACUGUAAUAAAGAGAUGAGUCCAUUUCAUGGGCACCUAUGAACACUGAAAAAAAAAA